UGCUAAUCUUAUAUAACACUAGUCUUUGAUAAAACGACAGGAUUGUGUGGGCGCUAUUGAUGGUACUCAUGUUCAUGUUUCUAUACCUUUGUCGAAGCAAAUUCCAUUUAGAGGCAGAAAAUGAGGUACCACUCAAAAUGUGAUGUGUGUAUGUUCGUUUGAUAUGAAAUUCACUUUUGUGUAUGCUGGUUGGGAACGAUCUGCCAACGAUUGCCGGGUAUUAUCAGCAGCACUCGAGACUCCUCGCUUGGAAUUUCCUCGACCUUCACUAGGCAAAUACUAUGUUGUAGAUUCUGGUUAUGCAUCAAUGCCGGGAUUCUUAACUCCUUUUAGACGCGAACGGUAUCAUCUAAAUGAGUAUAGGGGUAGAGCAAGACGACCAAGAACAUCAAGAGAGUUGUUCAACUAUAGGCAUUCUUCACUAAGGAAUGUCAUUGAGAGAUCAUUUGCGGCAUUAAAGAAUCGCUUCUUUAUUUUGAAACACAUGCCUGCAUUUGCAAUUCGAAAGCAAGCACAUGUUGUAAUUGCAUGUUGUGCUAUCCAUAACUACAUCCGUGAUCAAGACAGGAGGGAUAGAAACUUUUCCUUAUAUGGAGAUCCAGAGUACUCAUGUGAACCUGUACAAGAUGAGGUUGUAGGUGAUACAUCGACCGAGGAGGAAAUUGAGAUGAAUAUGCUUAGAAAGAAUAUUGACAAUAAGAUGGCAAUGGAUCAUAAUAUGCCGGAGAUUCCAUGAAAUUGUGUUUUUAAUUUUUGUAAUGUAUUUCUAUUAUUUUGUAUUUUUGGGAUUUACAAUCUUUGCUUUUGUAUUGUGAUAAUGUAUUUGAUGAUUCCUAUCUCAAUUCUUGUAAUGUGAUGUUCUACUUGA